AUGUUAAGAUUGGAAGGACGCGGAGACUUCAUAUCUCAAGCCACUUGCCGUGGAACUUAUGGCUGCUCUUUGCCAGCUGAAUUUCAUUGCGAGGAUUGUUUUGGCACCGAGCUAUACUGUCAGUCAUGCACUGUGGAGAGGCACCAUGAGCAUCCAUUGCACAGGAUUAAGCAUUGGAAGGACGCGUUUUUUCACGAUGUCACACUCAAAUCUCUCAGACUGCGAAUUCAACUGGGACACCCCACCCAAGAGCGCUGCUACAACCCAGCUGCUUGCCAGGAUUUCGUCGUACUCCACGUGAAUGGCAUUCAUGAAGUCAGUUUAGACUUCUGCGGGUGCGAGACCGCUCAAAGUCCCACCACCCAGCUGCUUCGCAUUCGAUGGUUCCCUGCAACAGUCCUAGAGCCAAAAACCGCAGCAACAUUCAAGCUUCUUCGACAUUUUCACAUUCUCUCAUUCGAAUCUAAGGUCUCCACGUUCGAAUAUUGGCAGACCUUAACGCGUCUUACUCACAAUAGAGGUGUGGUCAUUGUGAAAGAUCGUUAUGACGCUCUACUUCGAAUGAUACGGGAAUGGCGAAACAUUACUUUGCUCAAACGCUUUGGACGGGGACACGAUCCCGCAGGUACUGGAGCAACAGAGCAAGGCUCAUGUGCCGUCUUGUGUCCGGCUUGUCCUCAGCCUGGUAAGAAUCUUCCUGAGAACUGGGAGAGUGCCCCGUCAGAAACUCGCUGGUUAUAUGCCUUGUUUCUUGCGAUUGACACCAACUUCCGUCUGGCACACAAGAAUGUUUCUUCGGAUCAAAUGGACCCUGGGCUCAACCGUGGCUGGGUGUACUUCGUGGAGGAACAACAAUACAAGACAUUUCUUACUGAUAAAAGCACAUGCGCAAGCCAUAACGCAGUCAACUUAGCGGAAACGAAAAACUCUCGGGGCCUGGCAGCCACUGGAGCAGGAACCAUUGACUGCUCGCGACACAAUUUCAAAUGGCCCUGUGGUGUCGGUGACUUGCAAAAAGGCGAAAAGUACGUGAACAUGGAUUAUCUCUUCUUUUCGACCAUGCAACACACGGGGGAUGUCGCGGUCCUGAACAUAUCUUAUGACAUCGCUUGUCAAUGGAGUACGAAUUUGUGGCAGCGCAUGCAUCGAUACCCAUCUAUGAUACAUCUCCGCCACCACGAUAACAAGACCAUCACAUUUCUUGUGCCGAAAUUCCAUCUUCCUGCGCACAUUGAAAUUUGCCAGAUUACUUACUCUCACAACCUUCUCAAAAGCAUGGGGCGGACAGAUGGAGAGGCACCCAAGCGUGGCUGGGCCAACAUCAAUCCAGUCGCUACGAGCACUCGUGAGAUGGGCCCAGGAUCACGCCGCGAUACUCUGGACGACCAUUUUGGUGAUUUUAAUUGGAAGAAGGUCACUAAUAUGGGUGUCAGUCUAUCACGAAAGCUUAAAGCUGCUGUUCCUGAACGUGACCAGCAUGUACGUGAUUUCGAAGACUUCAACAAUGCACUUGAACACGAGAGACCUGAACAGGUGGCGGAAUGGAGGUUGGCAGUGGAACGAUGGGAAUCGGAUUCGUCACAAGAGAAUCCUUUUGCGCUUACAGGCAAAUCACUAAUGCAAGCAGCUGUACAACUCAGUCUCUCUCAGCAAGAAGCUGACAACCUCGAGCAUGGUAUGGACGACUCACUGCAUGAGGAAGUCUCGCGCAGCGUGUUAAUCUCAUCAGGAAUGGAGAUCGAGGAUCAGCAGUGUCGGCUUGCGAGAGAUAUCGAGCUUCUGGGAGGGCAUCCAACUGACUUACAGUGCACGAAGCUUCAAGAACGGGGCAACAUUUUACGACGCAAAAUAGAACAAUGGAGCAAGGUCCAACUUUUGUACAUGCCGGUCGUUGCUCGCCUUCGCACAUCGGAUAUGCCAACAAGCAGGACCCAUUCGACUGAAGAGAAGGCUCACGAGAUCGAACUGUGGCUUCCCUCCAAGAUCUACGGAGAUGCAACAGACCCUGUGCAUCAAUGUGAUGCCACACUGAGUCAGUAUGAGUGGGAGCUUCGCAGGGCCCAGGCAUAUGAUGCGCUGGAUGACCUCCGACGUCACCUGCGCCUACGCGCACAUCUUUACAAGUUCAAAGAUACCCAUAUUCGUGGCCAGCGAGCUAACACACGCGCGUCAGCCAUCAUUGACAAAGUCGAGUCGAAUGUGUCUGUCGCUGCUGCAAGGUAUCGCAGAGCAUGGUCUGCACUCAAACAUCUCUCCCCUGCUCUGUCUUGCACUACGUGGAAGGAGGAGUUCCCGAAACUGGAGAAUGACGACAUCCGCAGGAUGUCUCAAGGCAAGCAAGGCCAAUCGUCUGGCAACCGUACAUUGUCCUGGAUAUGGAAGGCACGCGGCAUAGCUAGUGACACUCCUGAAGGGGAGACGGUGCUCAAUGAAUCAUUAAGAAUUGAAUGGUGCAAACUCGAGGAGGUGCAACUUCUUCAAGAGGAGAUGAGGCGUGUCGCGGCAUACCUCUUGUGGCAUGCUACAUGGUGGGAUGUGCAAGCAGAUCGUCGCACAGGGCUCGCGCUUGCAGAGGUUGAAGGUAUCAGAGGAUAUGCAAAGCGUCAGGCAGCCGUGCGGCGGGAUCUCCAUGAUACAUUCCUUUCAAAGUGGGGUGCCGUGAAUGGCACUUUUUAA